AUGGCUCAGCAGAUGCUGUUGGCGCAGAAACCUGCCAAGGUUGCACGCCCCAUCUCUUCUAUAGGACUCCUGCGUUCGACACAACUGCACUUGUGUCACUUGGACGAGAUCGUUCGUAAGGCCAUUGCCAGUGGUAUAAACUUGAAGAGGUGUCGCUGCUCACUUGGCACUAUACAACUUCUCGUUCAAAACAUCACCUCCAUCGGCGUUCGACCCAUGGGGCAACGGCUGGCGUGCAGAAUAUUUUUAAAAAACUCCACAAAUACCGAGUUUGCCGACUGGGAUCAUGGUGUCGUCUAUGCGAAUGCACAGAACCUGUCAAGAACAUUAAUGGAAUUGCCCGUGAAUAUGAUGACACGUACUGCGUUCUGCGAGCGCGCCAAAACAGAGUUUAUCGGUAUCCCUAACGUGGAGGAUCAUUCCUGCGAGGUUCCUCUAGAUUAUCUUUUACAGUUUGAUGGUUGUAAAAGUCACUACAAGGACGCCUGUUCAAAAGACGCACAACCUCUUGCUUUCGUGGGCAAGGGCAUCUCUUUCGGCAUCGGAGGAAUCAGAUUGAAACCUUCAGCACUAAGACCAUCGCUCUUCAACUGGAAGGACAUGAAGCUGAUGCGCGGCGACAUGGGCAUAAUCCGAACUGAGCUUGAAAUCGUAUCAUCUCUACUCGCGAUCGCUCAGCUUCAACUCCCAAUCAAUCUUGUCACCGUCACUCCAAUUUGUGAAAACUUGCCCGGCCCCAAAGCCAUCAAGCCAGACGAUGUGUUCGACAACGCUAGUUACGGGGAAAAAAAUCACUUUGCAUCUGGAACUCAGGCAGAUUUGGUGUCGAAAACACCUCUGCGCAUUAAGUCUCCGCAGUACCAGCCUCUUGGAAAAUACUCGCUAGGGAGAUCAACAAACGUGACCAGUAAAACGAGCAAAGAACUGACGUUCAGCAUGCGUAUUCAGGAGGGAGCUGCAGUGGUAUCUGGGGUUGGAUUUGAGGAGUUGCUGAGGAAGACACUGCCGGCGUAUCCAGUUCCGGAACUAGAGAUGGAGACAAGACCGUCGGCAAUGAUGGUCGCUUUUGAUGGGGAUGAAGGAGGACGCGGCAUCCCACCUAAAUUCGAGAUCAGGACGCAAGCCUCGCAAAUAUGCCGAGUUCUAACCCGUGCUGCCAGAUCACUGUUAUCGGAGGGCCUCUCGUCGUACCUCACGUUUGUCCAGACUCGAGGCGUGCAAGGUGUACAAAGAAGGGUAUCGACUGUGGGAACAGCACAGCUGUCAAUCGCACACUUGGUCUUUGGAGGUCUAACAAAGUCCAAACCGGUGCUGUGGAGACUGCGGCAUCUAUUCGUGACGCGUUAUGUGCAUGAAUGGGCAAAUCUGAUGAGGGUACCAACCGCUUCUAGUUUCCAGGUUGACUGGUGCUCUGAAGGGACCAUCGACCUUAUUCUUAUUCCCCUUGCAUUAGAAGUUUUUUUGGGAGUACUUGAAGAGUUCGGAUGGGUCAAUUUCGGUUUCUUUGGUGACCGAGAGUUUGAAGAAGUUGUUAUAGGUUGGCUGGAUCUUGAAGCUACUAUCAUCUUGGAGGGUGGCGCCGGAGGGGUCUUGGACAUUCCGGAUAUUGGUGGGGAUACAGAGGCCUUGUACGGAAUCUGGUACAUCAUGAUCCGCGUCGGGUGUCGACGUCCAUCUCCGAGCAUGAAGAGAGUCGGAACUUGGGUAAAUGACGCGGGCAAUGCGGCAGAGUGGAGGAUUAGCGUCUCACCGCCGCUACGAUGA